UCUUGGGUAAUUUCAGCCAUUUUUCUGGGAAAGGUAGAAAAUGUAAAACAUCACUAAAACCAGGCUUAUUUUUCCACAUAUCAUAAACAAAGGGCCCGUAUAUUAUUUCAGAGGGUUUCCUCUGAAGAUUGCAAAGGGGCAAGUGUUACAGAAAUAAAAAACAAUGUAUGACAAGGUUACCUAAGGAUUAAAAUAAUUUUUCCUGAACCUUCGAAGAACAGUUCACUAUCAAAAAAUGAAUCAAAUAUGUGAAGUGGCCUGGACUGGGUAAAGUGAUAAGAAACACGUUGCAUUUGGAGCGACAGUGUGUUGGCUAUGACAGCGUGUAUGGUGUGACAUAGUGACCCAUGUAGCAGCAUACAUUGUCAUAAUGAGCCCUGUACACCAUGGCAUCACAUCAGGAGAGAAUUACACCAUCAGAUGCUGUGUUUUUUAGUAACAAUGUGGAUACCAGCAAUUUAUCAGAGAACACAACAAAGAUUUUGUUUCACUCUUCUUCAAGUAGCACAACAACAACAACAACAACAACAACAACAGUCCCUGCUGGUGGAGUCUUUGAACUUAAUACCACAGCGCCUCUGGAUAUUAACGCAGUAAAAUCUGCUACGGUAGACACCAGUAGCGAAUUACAAGCCCAGCGUCAUGGAGCACUUUCAGCAGGCCUCAAAAGGCCAGGCAUGUCUCAGAAGAGAGAGCUUAUGGGCAUGAUCAGUGAGAAACAUGCACGGGAUGCUGUCAUGGCUUUAGUUGGCAGCAAGGCUAAUAAUAACAAAAAUGAGACACUUCUCAGUGCGUCAGUUUUAGAGGCUACCCAGAGUUUUGACGUCAGUGUGAAUUCUUUGAUGUCAGGUUCUUUACCCAGGGAUCUGGAAACUACCACUAAUUUGUCAGAAGGUUCCACCAUGUUUAAUAAUCCAGGUGAUCAUUCGUGUGUUGGGUAUUAUGGUGCUGCAUCAGUGCCAGAUACCAAUGACUCUCUUGCAUCAGGAGAUGGAAGUGUUAAGGUUGUGAAUGAAAACAGUACUGGACUUAACACUGCUAUGGGUGAUAUGUUGAAUGACAGCAGAGGAUUGGCUGAGAUUAAAAAUAUACAUAGCAACUUUUCAAAUGCACACAAUUGCUUGGAUAUGGAAACUAUGUUGCCGCCUGGCUGUUUGGUUGAAAAUAAAAGUGUUCAGGCCUUUGCUGGAAGAACCGCAGUUGGGGAUGAUAACAAUAUGAUUCCAGAGUGUCCUUGUCCGACAGAUAUAGAUGUCUCAACCAACAGCAACCAUAUAAGAGGUACAUUAUAUACACCACACACAGCUGUGGGGUCUACUCACUGUGUUGGCACUUUACACCUCUCAGUUAAGGCAACUGAUGUGACCAUUUUUACCAACUGUGAUGAUGGUUCUUUGGCAGAGUCAACCGCAGUGACUUCAUGUAUAGAAAAAAAGGGCAAGGAAGGUAUAGCUGUGCAAGGCAGUGAUGCUAUCGUAGAUAACACCCCUUCAUCUGUGGAUAACACUCCUCAAAAAGGCAUAAAAGUAGACACAGAGAAUGUCCCUGUUCAAGGUGGACUGGUCAGUACACGGCCAUACAGUUAUGGUGAUCCUAAGCAACUCCCUCUUGUCAGUGCACACUGGGCAGCAGAGCAGUCCCAGCAGCAGAAUAUUGGUGCGCUAUCGCCUAACAGUGCUGCAGCUGCUGCUAGUGCAUGUGGAAAUGGACAAGGAGGCAGUGAAAUAACCCGAGUGACUAAUUCUUGCCAGUUGAAAAUGUCUGUGACAUUUCCAGAGGCAGCAGGACUGGGGCAGCCGCAGCAGCAGAAUUGGAGCUUGGAGUCUGAUAGCGCUUUGUUGGAUGCUGAGUCACAUGAGUUACCACAGGGUGAUGACACAGAGAGUGAUACUCGAGACAGUGAAAUGGAAACUAUAAACUUGAAUAUUGCAACAGGUGCUAGUACGCCAAAUGAACUGAUAGAUGGUUGCGAAGUGGAAGAGAGUGACACCCAAUCAUCACUUUUGGAACAUGGGACUGAAAACCUGCCAAUUGCCACAGGAGGGUCAGGCAGCUGUUUACUCCCUGGAAGUGACAAUCCAUUCCUCACCUCGGUCAUUUCUACUAGUCCGCCCACCCUGACCGGGGUCUCUCAUAGCGUGUCAAGGAGUACCACAAGUCUGGUGACCACCCAGGCAGCUGGUUCUGCAGCCCUAGCUAGUGUGUUAAGUUCAGUCUCGGCAAGUCCCCCUUAUACCUUGCCAACCAAUAUCAUAUGUACAUCUACUGUGACAGAUCUGAUGGCGGCUGCAGCAGUGGCCAACUCUCCCUACCCUCUGACGGGAAAUCUUCCUGCUGUAAUUCCUAUGUCAAACUCAAUGUUGGGAUUAGGACCUCUGACUGCUAAUGUUGCUGGUCUCCUCCCCACUGGGACUAAUAAUGCAUUGACUUCAAUACCUUUCUUAAUUGGUUGUGUUCCACCUAACAUGCCCACAGUUUUACCAACAAAUUUGAUUCCAUUAUUGGCAGGAGGAGGUGGGCAAGCAUUAGUGGGCGUUCCUGUGAGUCAAAUGACUGCUGCCAUGGCAACAUCAAUUCAACCAACAACACAGGACCCCAUGAAUAAACAACUUUUAGAAUCUCCACCACAACAGCAUCACCAGCAACUUGCAUCCCAGAUGAUGCCACAAGAUCAAAAUAAACAUAUUCCUUCAUUAUCCACAGUCACAAAUAUGAUAACGCUCACAAACUCUUCUUCCAACCAUGGGAGCAGUAAUUUUACUGCUUCAGCCCACCUGGCUGCCAUGGCUACCGGCUCUGGACCCCAGUCAGAUGUAACCAUGGCAACUAAUACUGCUGCAGUGACUUUCACCACAUCCACCCCAGUCAUGCAGGCCCUAUUGAAUGCCCCUCCCGUCAUUGCUAGAGUUUUACCCAAUGAUAAUGCAUUAUUUCACCCUGGCAGUAGUGUUCCCAUGGCAACAAAUGACAUGUCUACUCCACCACCCCCUAGAAUCACAGCAUCAGCCGUAACACCAUUGCCAAUGACAGUGAACACUGUCAGCAAGGAGUUGAAUGCUGAAAAUGUGCCACCAACACCAUCAACACCAUUAUCAUCAUCAUUGUCUGUGAUAGGCUCUAGUAGCAAUGUUAUUUCCAUGGAGGAUGUGAGCACUGGUGCUGUAACCAUGACAAUGGGAGAGGAGGGUUGUUCCACUGGAGAGAAGAACACACAAGAGACAGUUCCAGUGCCAUUUGGCUGGUCAAGACAUCUAGAAAAUGGGGCUGUGACAUAUUACAGGUAA